AUGACGGCCCCCAGCUGCGUAGCUCCAGCUCCUUUCCAGCCGCCCGCGCACGACCCUCGAAAGCCUGUCUCCGCGGCCCCCGACCCAGGUCCCAGCUGCCGCCGCGCUGCCAGGUGGCCCGAGGGUCGCAGGAGGAAGGAAGGGAGCGCGGAACUGGCGGAGGAGGGUGGAGCCGCCGGCGCGUCCCCUUCCUCCGGCAGGCAGGCGGGCGGCGGGCUGGGGCGGCAGCAAAGAAGGCAGCGGGCUCCAGGAGACACCGGCCGCCCGCGUCGCUUCGCUCCUGCUCAGGCAGCGGCUCCGGCCCGACCCGCUCCGCUUCUGCCAGGCUCCGGCGCGCACCUGCCGGGUAAGUGGCGCCUGAGUCCCUGCAGCCGCGGUCACCGUGGCGGCCACUUCCGUCACCUUCGUAGCCGCUGCGCGGAGCUUCCCGGCUUUGUCUGCGUCCUCGCCGCUGUAGCUGCGACUCCCAGGCUCGGCUCUCCGGCUCCAUGGACUGCGCGCCGCGUCUGCAGGACUCGGCUCGCCCGGACAGCUCGCGCCCCGACGUGGGUGAAACUUCGCCCAAGUGUGGAUUCUAGGGAGAACCUGUUGAAGCCAGGAGUGGAGCGGAAAGGGGAUAGCGACCGACAGGUCUCGGGUUUUCCAUCACGGCCGUGCUGGGAGUGGGUUGUGCAUCCGCGACCCUGGGGCGUUGGCGCGUGCCCCUUGGGAAGGGGCGGGUGGGCCGUCGGGCCACCGAGCAGAAGGAGCCAGCGAGCAGGGUUGAAGUGGUCGAUCCGGCGGACUUCCGCGAGGAAGAACAAAGUUUGGUUCUUUGGCAGUUUUGCAGAGCGUCUGUCUGGGUCCAGUUCGGAGAGCUGAAAGUGCCUCAUAGACGUGCCCCUGACCGCACCUCCUCACUUCAGCUUCCGGUCUUUCCCCCACCCCACUUGACCUUGGCUAGGCCAGGUCGUGGACAAGAAAGGCGAAAGGAAGAGGUAUGGCCUUUCAAUGAAGACCCACUACAUGCCAGACCCCGUGCCUGGAGCAUCCCUCUUCCCAUAAGAGGCCUCCCAAUUCAGCGUCCAACAAGUGUGUGCAGGGAGGAGGACAGGGGAGAAGACUCCACUGUGCACGCCGGGGUAGUGGCCCCGCCAGACUCUCCUCAUUCCUGGUUUCCUCAGUGAAUGAGGCCGGCAGCUGGGUCCUCUGCACCCAGGCCUGCGUCUCUCCUCGCUGUGCCUGGGAGCCCCGUCGGGCUGCUGCGCCUCCUAAGCCUGACUGCUCUUCCCGCAGCCUUGGCCCUGGGGCCAUGCAGAGGCCCACGAGGAGGCCAGCGACCGUGCGCAUCUCAUAGCCCAGGUGGCCCAGGGCUGCACCGCGGCGGCCUCGGUGCCAUGGAGAGCGGUAUUCGCUGACUGCGCACUAAGACGCGUCCCAGUAGGUCAAGUACCUGAGCUGCUGCGGCGCGGGGAUCGUGCAAGAGGCCUUUCUGCCCCCCAGGCUUCUCUGGAGGAGCAGCGCCACCGGGGACGGGUCUGGGCUGCCGCGCUGGAACCCUGCACGAGAUGAGCCUGCUGUCAGGGCUGGUGUUCGCCGCUGGUCUCUGCGCCAUACUGGCGGCUAUGCUGGCGCUCAAGUACCUGGACCCGGUCGUCGCGGGCGGCGGCGCCUGUCCCGAGGGCUGCCCCGAGGGCAAGGCCUUAGCGCGCGCCGCCGGCUUCCUGGCAGCCAACCUGGACGCCAGUAUGGACCCAUGCCAGCACUUCUACUCUUUCGCCUGCAGCCGCUGACUGAGGCCCCGCGCCAUUCCCAACGAAAAGCUCACCUAUGGCACCAUCACGGCCAUCCGCGAGCAGAAAGAGGAGCGCCUGCGGCGCCUGCUGGCACGGCCCAGGGGUGGGCCCGGCGGCGCGGCCCAGCGCAAGGUGCGCGCCUUUUUCCGUUCGUGCCUCGGCAUGCGCGAGAUCGGGCUACUGAGUCCUCGGCCCAUGCUAGAGGUCGUGGAGGACUGCGGGGGCUGGGACCUGGGCGGCGCGGCGGAGCAUCCGGGGGUCGUGACGCCCUGGGACCUCAACCUGCUGCUGUACAAGGGGCAGGGCGUGUACAGCGCCGCAGCACUCUUCUCCCUCUGGGUCAGCCUAGGUUACAGGAAUUCCUCGCGCUACAUCAUCCGCGUGAGAAGGCCCCCCGAGCGCCCCUCCAGCGGCCGUGGACCCGGGGGCGUCCCUGUCCAGGGGUCCCUGCGCGUGGGAGGAGGGCGCGCGAGAGGAGAGAAAGGGAAAGCAGGGGAGGGGAGCGCUUGGCGGCAGAGCGCGGGAGGAGGGCGCAAGUAAUUUCUCUGGGUUAACUGAGGUGUUUAGCGGAGCUGUGGGAGCCGCAAUUUCCCAGCCCUCUGGAAGGCAGUGAGGGUGGGGAAGGAGGAUGCGCCGGCGGGCUGGGCUGACAUCUCCGUGAGGGUUGGGGCUGGCGCCAAAGCCAGGAACCCCAACUGUCAGUGCGGCACUGCAGCAAGUGCCCCCGACAGGUAGGGAAAGUGCAGGCGUUCAGGGGUAGGCUGAGACAGUCGGGGAUGGGGCUUUGGUCAUCUCAUCUGGUGGAAAGAGGGGCUGGGGUCUGCGUGCUUCUGGAGCUGUCCUCAUGCAUGUCUGGUCGCUCUCUGGGCAUUGGGGUGAGAAUUCCAUCUGUUUGGGGAGUCUGGCAUGUGGACCUCUGACCUCUGGCCCCUGUCUCCCUCCCCAGAUUGACCAGGAUGGGCUCAACCUGCCAGAGAGGACCCUGUACCUCGCUCAGGAUAAGGCGAGUGAAAAGGUGCUGGGACAUGGGAUGGGGAGGCAUGGAAGGCCUGGGGCCCCAGGAGGGGUGGGCCCAGACUAGGCCUGUCCGUGUCCCUGGAGGAGCCCCUUCCCAUGGUGCAGAUACUGGCAGCAUACAGUGUGUUCAUAGAGCGAGUGCUCAGCCUCCUGGGUGCUGAUGCUGUAGAGCAGAAGGCCAAGGAGACCCUGUGGCUGUAGUGGGGACAGCUGAUGACAGGGGACCAUGAGACAAGACUGGCUCAGCCCUGAUCUCUACCCCCACCCAGAUCACUGUGUCAGAGUAUGAUCAUUUCCAGCCAGAUAUCAGCUCCAUGUACAAAAAGGUGACACUGGGGCAGCUGCAGAAUAUCACCUCCCCAUAUGGCCCAGGCCCCUCCCCUGCCCCCUGGACUUGCCUGCUGGGUGUGCCAUGAAUUUCCGCCUCCUCUUCUGUCCAGUAGUCACAUUAAAGGAGGCAGCACUCAAAAAGGACCCAGAGCCCGAAGAUCCGAUCCUAGCUCUCCCCUCUGCUUUCCAAGCCCCUGGGCAGGGCUGGGAGCUUCCUGAGCUGCAGUUUCCUCACCUAGGGAUGGUUGGAAAGAGAAAGUGUGGCUACAGCUCUGCUGUUCCUGCACCACCCUUGGGAGAGCCUCGUGGUGUCUAUCCACCAUGGGGAGGAACAGAGGACUUUGCAGGCCAGUUCUGAGUCAGACAGUCACCCUCAAGGUCAGAUGCUGUCUCCCCAUGGCAAGUCAGGAAAUGAUUCAAGCCCUGACCCAUCACAUCAGGGGCUGGCAUCAGUAGCAAGAGUGUCUUGCUGUGUCAUUGAGCUCAGCACACUCCAAUUCCAGCCUCCACAUACUUGGGAUGACCUCCUGCCCCUUCUUUGAGGGACUAUCUGGGUGCUGGGUCCAGUCGCGGGCUGGGGAGUACAGGUCGGGGUGGUGCCCUUGGUGGCCCAUAUGAAUGUCUUUCUGGACACCCCACUGGCUUCAUCUGGCCCCCAGCAUCCUGCACAACUACCUUGUGUGGGGCGUGGUGGUGGUCCUGAGUGAGCACCUGUUCGUGUCAUUCCAUGAGGCAUUGCACAAGCUGGCACGGGAGAUAGAGGGCAGUAACAAGCCACAGGAACUGGCCCGGGUCAGCCUGAGCCAGGCCAACCACCACUUUGGCAUGGCGCUUCAUGCCCUCUUUGUACAUGAACACUUCUCAGCCCGCCUCAGCCAAGGUGGGCUGCUCUGGUUUAGGGUGGGGAGGCUGGUGCUGAACUGAGGGUGGAGCCCUCCCGAGGCCAUGGUCCUAGCGUGGGGAGCCCCACACAUCCCACUGCAAGCAGGGGUACCAGGCCCUGCUUAGGCCUCAGCCCAUUCUGAGGCUCCAGGAUGCUCCUCCGCAGGACUCCUCCUCCUGGUCUGUCAGUAGCAGGUGGCCUUCCCCGCCAGGCCCCUGCCCACCUUCUCAGCCGUGCUCAGGAGGCAUCUCCUUAGGGAUGCCCAUGGUGGUUGCUGCAGCUGUUGCCUCUUCUAGCCUGUGAGCUUAUUGUUGGAGGGGAAGGGUCUAGACUCCCACCUCCAACGUGUCCUCUUGGCACCUAGCACCGAGCUCUGGGCUUAGCAAGUGGUGCUUAAAGACUCCUUCGUGCCAGGAAUGAUGGACCAGAGUGAAAGGCUGCUGGGUUGACCCUUGUUCCCUGACCCCUGACCCUGCAGGUGUGGCAGCUGGUGGAAGACAUCAAGUACCUCCAGGGCCAGUGCCUGGAGGAGCUGGACUGCAUGGAGACCAGAACAGCUGCUGGGGCCGUGGCGAGGGGCCCCCAGUGCCACCGGUUGGUCCCAUGAACAUUGACUGAGCACCUCCUGUGUGCCAGUGAAAGAGAAUAAAAGGGACAAAGAGG